AUGGACCGCAAACGCAAACGAUUGUCCUACGCAUGCAACCACUGCCGGACUAAAAAAACACGAUGCGACGAGCAGCAGCCCUCGUGCCGCAACUGUCGCAUCGCCGGAGUGCAGUGCAUCACCACCGACAAGAGACGGGGCGCAGUCGUGACGCAUCGUCGACGGUCUGCAGCAGACACACCAGAGUCGCAAAUUAAUACUCCAGUCUCAGCCUCCCCAUUGCCAUCCAGGGACAGACAGUCGCAAUGCUGGGACCGGUCUGGCUGGCGCAGCGGACGCCUCCCUAUGAUGCCCCGGUUCGUCGGGGGAUGCAUGUUCGAGAUUAUGACCGAGUGGCUGGAUCUUGCUUUCUAUCGACUGCGCAUCCAUGCUCCCUAUCCAGCUUUACCUGCUGCCAGUGCCGGUUCUCAAUCGGGCCCUGGUUCUGCACCACCCCUACCUCCACCAGCCGAUAUGCGCAUCCUCGGACAGAACAUUCAGCAAACACUCUGUUCAAUAUUCCCAUUUCUCUCCGAGGAGCACAUCACGCAGAUUUGCAAUUACUCCAAUCAAGGCCCGUCUAAUCAAGCACUAGCCUACCUCAUCGCGAGCGGCUUCACGACAGACUCACAAACAAUAUCGCCAUACAUCAACCACUGCAACACGCUGCUCGGGCACAUCGUCGCAGAACGAACCCUCCACUCCGUGCAGGCCAUCUUCCUCUUCUCUAUUGUCCUCCGAAGCAGCGACCAGAUCACCUGGGCCUGGGACAUUCUCGCCUUAGGUAUCUCCAUGGCGCAAUCUAUUGGACUUAACCAGACACCAACAGACGAACCCGACACGGGACGCUCCAAUAUCUGGUGGUGCAUGUUCGUCUUCGAAAAGAUCCUCGCCUUUGAAAGCGGGCGUGCGUCUACAAUCUGGGACCGCGACCUGUGCCGCCAACCAACCCAGAUAUGUAUCUCUUCGUCAGAGGAAAAGUAUAAAUGGGCAUGCAUAAGUCUAGCGAAUACACUACACGAAAUGCAGGACCGUGCAGCCGGUGCAUGGCGGCGCGAGGAGUGGCUUCCCCAGAGCGUCGACGAGGCAAUCGAGGAGAAGGUCCGGACUGGGGGUGAAUUGGCCAUGUUGUUAGAUGGUUGGUGGAUGAAUAUACCAACUGAGUUUCAGCCCGGAACAGCGUCUAUAUCAGGGCAACUCUCGCAGCAAUCCCCAUUCCUAUCUUUCUACUACCACUACGCUCUCAUCCUGCUCAACCGCAGCGUGCUCCUGAUCGAACCAUCCGAAAUCCACGAGGUAAUCGAGCGCUACGGUACAGGCAAGCCAUGGAAAGCGCGCAUCGCAAGCGGGGCGAGUAUCUGCGUCGAGGCUGCGCGGGAGAUGAUCAAGCUCACUGUCGGCAUGGUCGACUCUGAACUUCCAUCAUAUUUAUCUACACUGACCUCGCCAUUGCCGGCUGUGUAUGUUCUUGCCGUGCAUAUCCUGCGAGAGCGGAGGUCUCUUCUGGUUCGGGUGGAUUUUGAAGUAUGA